AUGAGUUCACCUAAAAGACGUAUGGAGAAAGAUGUUAUGGACUUAAUGAUGAGUGAUCAUGACGUCCAAUUAAUCAAUGACUCCAUUCAAGAGAUGUUUGUUAUAUUUCAUGGCCCAAAAGAUACUGCUUACGAGGGAGGCACUUGGAAAGUAAGAGUGGAAUUGCCUGAUCAAUAUCCCCUUAAAUCUCCUUCAAUUGGUUUCAUUAAUAAGAUUUAUCACCCCAACAUUGAUGAAAGCUCAGGAUCAGUUUGUCUUGAUGUUAUAAACCAAACUUGGUCACCAAUGUUUGGAUUGUUGAAUGUGUUUGAAAAUUUCUUACCACAUUUAUUAAGAUAUGCUAAUCCAAGUGACCCUUUAAAUACGGAAGCUUCCAAUUUAAUGUCCAAAGACGAAAAGAUUUAUAAUGACAAAGUGAAAGAGUAUGUUAACAAAUUCGCUCAAAAUAUAUCCAACGAUCAUGAUGAUGAUGAAGACGAUAAUAAUAAUGAAGAUGAUGACGAUGAAUUAAGUGAUGUCGGUAGCUUAUCAAGUGAUGAUGAGGUGGCUGGAGAUAUGGAUAUCUGA